CCAAGAUAUUCCACUAGCGCCAAAACAACCUAGUGUUAGGGCUGCCGGCCGCCACACCUUUCCCGAUCGGGACUCGCUUAGCAACGCGCCUCACAGCGCUGUGACUGGGCGGAAAACAGGCUGAGGCCACACACGCACGCUGACCACCAGCCAAAGCUCCACCGGGUUCGACAUUCUGAACGAGCCAACUUCUUCAUCUCAAUCACCAACCCCGACCACGAGGACCAUCUUUCAGCACGACAACUCCAUCAAGAUGGUCCGCUACGCCGCCCAAUCGAUCCCCAGCGCGAAGAGCGCCCGCUCCCGCGGUUCCUAUCUGCGUGUCAGCUUCAAGAACACCCGCGAGACCGCACAGGCGAUCAACGGAUUGAAGCUGCAGCGCGCUGUCGCUUAUCUGGAGAAUGUGAUGGCUCACAAGGAGGCUGUGCCCUUCCGAAGAUUCGCUGGUGACGUUGGCCGCUGUGCGCAGGGCAAGCAAUUCGGUGUCUCUAAGGCCCGCUGGCCCGUCAAGUCUGCCGAGUUCCUCCUCUCCCUCCUCAAGAACGCCGAGGCCAAUGCCGAUAUUAAGGGUCUUGACACUGGCAACCUCAUCGUCCAGCACAUUCAGGUCAACCAGGCUCCCAAGCAACGACGACGUACUUACCGUGCCCACGGCCGUAUUAACCCUUACAUGUCCAGCCCAUGCCACAUUGAACUCAUCCUCACCGAAGGCACCGAAGAUGUCCAGAAGGCCCCCACCGACGUCACCAAGGCGAGACUUUCGUCAAGACAACGGGGCGCUCAGAUCCGACGCGCCAUUACUGCAGCAUAGGUGAAAUAAAUCAAAACAAGCAAACAAAGGGAAUUAAAAAGCGGCGCAUUUGUGUGGAAUUGUAGCUACUUCUUUUUGUUUGUUUCUCUUUUUAUAAAGGUCGAUAUAAAGACAUAAAAAGAUGACAAACCUUUCAUGCUGUUUUAUUUAAUGGUAGCGAGUUCUUUUUUCACUCUAUCUCUUGUUCCUCUAAUUUCAUGCAUCCCUGUGUCAUUGUCAUAUAACCCCUCCAUCCUCUAUUCUCGCCUAGAUCUCCUUCCUCAUGUGCCUUUCCCUUUCUUCUAACCUCGCUUCAUGGUUGAUGACCUGGGAUUAAAUGGAAUUUUCUAGUUUUUCACCUCUCUCCCGCUCCAAAUAAGCAACUUGGAUUUGUGCGCGUUGUAAACACGUGAAAUGAACAGCAGCAUGCCCAGCAUAGGACAUUUUGCCAUGGCCUUUGACGGAACCGGACUAGGUACCUAUGAUAUUAUAUCAAAUCAUCAUGAUUGGACGGCCUUAGCAGCAGGAGAUUAUUUCAGCCAAAUCGGCGAUUAUUAUUAAUAACCACCAUGGCUCAUUAUCCCCGAUCAAAGCACAAGACAAUGGUUCAAUCUACCACUUCACAUAAACCAGAUAUAUUGUGGAGAUAAGAUGUCCCUAAUGAUCCACACGCAGCAGUUUGACUAGAAAAAAUUUAAUAUGCAGGAUGUCACUGCCUUUCUUGGAGGAUAACAUUGUUAUAGUUGUAUAAAAGAGCAACCGUUUUACUUCAGCCCACUCAAAGGAACUCUUUUCAGCACGAGACCGUGAAUAUUGCUUUUGGGGCACAGUGCUCAUCAGUCCGUACAAGAAAAAGCGCCCGUGCUAAUAACUAUUUUGAAGAAGAUUGGUGUGCCGGAUUGGUGAUCUCCUAAACAGGCUGUUGAUAACAUAGCAGUAUGGAUGGUGGAUAUCAGGAGUGAGAGGAAGAAGGGUGGAGUUUAAAAAGACACACUUUGAUCAUCUGAAGAAGCUCUUCCUUCAAUGAGAUGUAACUUGCACAAAUCUUGAAAUAUGUAUAUCAACCACCAUCUCAGUCAAGCCUGUUCUGCUAGUGUUCUCUAGAUUGUGUUGCCUUCUUGUCAAGUUGUUCUUACCUUGUCCAUCUUGUCCAUGUAUUUGACCAUCUAAAGAUUGUACUUGCCAAACAUAAAGCAAAGAAAGGAAGUUUGAUUUCUGUUUCUUGGAUUGAUCACUUCUCAUGGUGCAUUGUGGGCGCAUUGUAGCCCUUCUUGUAAUUUGAUGACAGUGUCAA